UGGGUAAAUGCAGCACUAUUAUGACAGGGACAUCUAACAGGUAUUGAAAGCACAAGAAAUUAUUCAAAACAUGUUGAAUUAUUAUAAAUGGGCGCAACACCGAAACGAGUGCAGGCGUCUAUUUCGUCUUUUUUCAAGACAAAGCCAACAGCAGCAGCAACGGCAGAACCAACAGCAGCAGCAUCAGCAGCUUCGGCUAUAGCGGCUGAGAAAGUAGAACCCCCAGCUUCGGUCAAAAAGACACGAUCAGCGGGGGCAUCGCCAGCACGCCCGGCCAUCAAACGGCAGCGCAAAGCCGAGACGCCCCAAUCCAUCCCAGUAGUCCCCACCACUCCAGAAGAUGAUCAAACAGAGGCAGAUGAAGAUGAGGAUGCAACUGACCAACAGCUGGCCUCAACAACCAUGCUCUUCUCCAACCUGCAUGUCCAAGGCACCCAUGUCCAGGUAGUCCACCGCACACUGCACAAAAAAUACACGCCGCUCGAAGCCCAAGUACUCGACAUAAAAGCCCAGCACCCGUCGACUUUGCUGGCGGUCGAGGUCGGGUACAAAUACAGGUUUUUCGGCGAGGACGCCCGCAUAGCCUCGCAGGUGCUGGGAAUAAUGUGCACGCAAGCCAAGAACACCAAUUUCUACAACGCCAGCGUGCCCGCGCCCAGGCUUCUCGUGCACGUGCGAAGGCUGGUUCUCGCCGGGUUCCGCGUCGGCAUCGUGCGGCAGCAAGAGACGGCGGCGGUCAAAGCCACGGGGGAGAACCGCAGCGCGCCGUUCGUGCGGCAGUUGGCCGAGGUGUAUACUGUGGGGACCAUGCUGGAGGAAGUCGGCGCGGAGGAGCAGGGCCGGGCACCGUGGAUAGUCAGCAUAUCGCAGCAGAGCAAUGGUCGGCGCACGGGGCUGGUUGCCGCCCAGGUCUCGACAGGCAUGCUGCUGAUGGAUGAGUUUGGCGAUGACGCUAUAUGCAGUGAGAUGGCCACGCGGCUCGAGCACGUUGCGCCGGCAGAGCUGCUGCUUCCGGCGGGCCUGGCGCGCGACACGAGGCUGGCACUGGCGGCGUAUUGCGGGCGGCCGAUCGGCGCCGAAGCCCCAGGGUCGCCCGGGGAGGAGCCGCCGCUGCUGGAACACGUGGGGCGCCCCGGCCCGCGCAUCGCCCGCCUGGCACCAGCCGCCGCCGUAGUGUCAGCGGCCGAGCAGUGCGCGCGCCUGGGCAUCGCGGCAGCACCGGGCAUCCUGGACAUGCCGGCGCUGGCGUCCGCAGCACUGGCGCAGCUGCUCGCGUACCUUGCGCCAAUGGGCCUGGCGCAGGGCAUUAUGGCACAGGGCGCGCCCGAGCCGUUCCACACACAGGCGCACAUGCUGCUGUCGCAGACGACGUUGCGCGCCCUGGAUGUUUUUGGCGCCCAGCAGUCGUUGUUUGCAACGAUGGACCGCACGUGCACGGCGCCGGGCCGCCGGCUAUUGCGCCGCUGGGUCGGCCACCCGCUGGCGGACCUGCGGCGGCUGCAGGAGCGCGUCGACGCGGUGGGGUGGCUCCGGGACAGGGCCCAGGGCGGUGCCGGGUGCUGGGCGGCGGCGAGGGCGGGGCUGGCGCGGGUGGGCGUUGAUCUGGACCGCGGCCUGUGCCGCAUCCUGCACGCGCAGGCGCAGCCGCCGGAGCUGCUGCGCAUCAUGGAUGGCUUUGCGCGGGCGGCGCGGGUGGUCGGCGCGAUAGAGGGCCCGGAGCUGGGGCCGGGGCAGGCGCAGGGGCAGGGGCAGGGGCAGGCGCAGGGGCAGGCGCAGCCGCCGGGGCUGCUGGCUGGUGCGCUGCGCGCACUGGCUGCGCGCAGCGCGAGUGUCGGGGGGCUCGUGCGGGGGUGGCUGGCGCAAGUGGACCGCACGCAGGCGCGCGGCGGGCACAAGCCGCAGCUGUUCACGCCAGCCAGCGCCCACCACGCGGAGCUCCGCCGACACCACACGCAAAUCGCCGCGCUCACACAGGCCCUUGAUCUCGGCGCCGAGUCGGUCGGCAGGCAGCUCAAGCAGCCGGGAUUCGCCUUCCGCUCGGUCUCCGGGGUCGAGUACCUCAUUGACGUGCGGCGCACGCAGGCCGUGCCGGGGGACUGGCUGCGUGCUGGCAAUGGCACGAAGACGCACCUGCGCUAUCAGACGCCGGAGGCCGUGCGGCUGCUGGCCGAGCGCGAGCGGUGCCGCGCGGACCUCGCCGCCGCGGCCGCGCGCGCCUAUGCCGAGUUCCUCGGGGAGAUCGCCGCGGACGGGCUGGCCGAGCUGCGCGCGCUCGUGUCGGCGCUGGCCACGCUGGACGCGCUACUGGGCCUGGCCGAGCUAGCGGCCACGCCAGGCUACACGCAGCCCGCGCUGAGCGACUGUCCGGAGGCCCAUCUCCGGCUGGUCGACGCUGUGCACCCGAUGGCGGCGGCGCAGCAGCCCGGCUACGUGGCCAAUUCGCUUUCCCUCGGCGGAGGCGCGGAGGCUCCUGGGCCACGGGCCCUUGUGCUGACGGGCCCGAAUGCCGGCGGCAAGAGCUCGCUGGCGCGCACCGCCGCGCUGGUCGCCAUCAUGGCGCAGGCCGGCUCGUUCGUGCCUGCGCGCCAGGCGCGGCUCAGCCUCCUCGAUGGCAUCCACGUGCGGAUGGGCGCACACGACAACAUACUGCGCGGCGAAAGCACGUUCAUGGUGGAGAUGCGCGAGACCGCGGGGAUUCUGCGCCGGUGCACGCCAAAGUCGCUCGCGCUGCUGGAUGAGCUCGGCCGCGGCACAAGCACGCAUGAUGGCGCGGCCAUUGCGUAUGCGGUGCUGGCGCAGCUGCUGGAGGCGAGGCCCAUGGUGCUUUUUGUCACGCACUAUGCGCAUGUGGCCGCCGGCUUUGCGAGGGAUCCGCGGGUGGCUGCUGCGCAUAUGGCGUUUGUGGAGAAGCCCGCUGCGGCGGAGUCGGGCGCCGUGCCGGAAGUCGCCUUUCUGUAUCGGCUGGCGGAGGGCGUUUCGGCCGACAGCUUCGGGCUUAAUGUCGCGCGCAUCGCCGGCUUGCCGCACUCGCUGCUGGUGCGCGCACAGGACUGCGCGCAGCGCAUGCGCGUGGACAUCGAGAGCCGCCGGGCUGCCGCCCGGGCGCGCGCGCUGCAGGCUGCAGUGGCAAAGUGCAAGCAAAGGCCCACCUAAUCCCGCUGCUUCCUAAUCCGCCUAAUCCCGAUCUAUUUUCCUUGCCGAAGGGCCAAGCCAAUCCGCUGCUUCAUAAUC